UAUUAUAUUAUAAAUUAGUGACCGUUUUGUCAUGCGUUAUCGACAUUAUUGUACCAUAAAGUAAUAUUAUACACGUACUAUAAUAUAAUAUUAUUAUUAUAUGAGUCAUUAUAGGUGGUGUUUUUGCGAAUAAAGCGUAAUAAUAUUCAAAAAUAAUAUGAGUUACACUAUUGACACAAAUUUGGCAGCCAGCCAGGUGCCCGAAGGCUUUCUGUCUGGUACUUCUGACUUCCUAUGCGCGCUGUUCGACCGGCCCAAAAAGGUGAUCAUGGGUCAACUGCGAUCCGGACAGGAGUUUGAUUUUUCCGGAUCGACCGAUCCUUGCAUCGUGAUGAACCUGACCAGAGGAUCGCUGCAGCCAGGUAUGGCAAUGGACGAAGGGGUUAUCGAACGAUACGUGGCAGCCAUCAGUGAUUAUCUGCAAAACGCGCUCGGAAUUCACAAGUCCAGAAUCAUGAUUUUUUACUACGAACACGAUAUGGCGCUGAUUGGCAACAACGGAAGAACUUUGAAACGUAUUUGGUCCGAAACCGGUACCUUUCCUUCAGAUUGAAUUGCAGACGACUGUGGCUUUCAUUGGAGUUUUAAUAUUAUUAAUGAUGUAUAACAUAAAUACCAAUAUAAAUUAUUAACACCAAUAUAUUGUACCGAGUUUUUCAUA